GACGCAAAACCCGGCGACUGCGCAGGAUCCCGGCCGAGUCCGUUAUGGCCGCUGCGGUCCUGAGGAGAAUGAGGGGAUCAGAGCAAGCCAAGCUGCCUCCCGGGCGGGGCAUCCAGAUACCUGGGGGGUUGUCACGGCCGCUGAUCCUGGCUCUCCUGCUUGCAGCCGCCACCAUGUCCAGUGCUCCAUCACAGACUAAUUCAAUGAACCAAACUGCACUCAAGACAAAUGUUUCUGCUGUAAACACUAAUGCUUUAACAUUUGAAAACCAAACCAAAUCAUCUAUUGCCCAAAUCAGUACCACUCUCCCUCCCCCAAGGAGUACCGAGAAAAGUGGAGGGACAUCUGUGACCCCUCAUCCCUCACCUACUACUUCUCUGGCCCAAGAGGAAGCUGGCAACAAUGAAGAUCCAAGCAUAGAGGAAGAAGAUCCUUUCAUGCUGAAUAGUUCUCCAUCCACUGCCAAAGGCACUGUAGACAAUGGCGAUUAUGAAGAACCUUCAGAAUAUGACUGGUCCACCAGCUCCACCAGGGAUGAUAAAUUCACUGAGGCCUUGGAAGAAAACAGGCAUUAUAUGGGAAGUGAACAGUCAAUGAGAUCUUUUAAGACCCCAUCUUCAAACAUAGAAGAGGAAGAUAGCCAUUUCUUUUUUCAUCUUAUUAUUUUUGCUUUUUGUAUUGCUAUUGUUUACAUUACAUAUCACAACAAAAGGAAGAUUUUCCUUCUGGCUCAAAGCAGGAAAUGGCGUGAUGGCCUUUGUUCCAAAACAGUGGAGUAUCAUCGUCUGGACCAGAAUGUUAAUGAGGCAAUGCCUUCUCUGAAGAUUACCAAUGAUUAUAUUUUUUAAAGCACUGUGAUUUGAGUUUGCUUAUUAUGUGAUUUUAUUUGCUUGACUUUUUAUAUGAUACCAUAUAGAUGUUUGUCAUAAGCAAUUGGUACUUAAAUGAGAGGUGGAUCUCUCUUUAUUUUGCCUUGGUGCUUUGGAAAUUCAGUGUCACAAACAAGGAAUCAUAUUUUACCUAUACUUUUAGAGCCAAGUUCAGUCAAAUUUCCAAAAUGUGGAGCUAAGCAUGACUUGUUAGUUCUGGUUGUUUUAGGUUUUUACUGUACUUUUGCUGGAAGUACUAGUAAUGCCCAAACUUGUAAUUGAAAUCUAACAUAUCUGGCACUUCUGUCUCAGAUUUUCUUUCUUCCACCCAAAUACUAUUGCUUAAGCACACAUUUGUUUGUGCUUCCAAACUGUAAUCUGUAAGGAUGUAUGUAAUAAUGCUUUGCAUAUAAGUAAAAUUGUUUUUCAGGAAAAUUGAUUUUGGAUAAAUCAAACAUAAUGUAAUGAUAUUGCUCAAUUUGACUACAGUUUUAGGUAACAUUAAUAAAUGUGUCUGAAAGUUCUGACAAUAAGGAAUCUGCCGUGGAUGUAGUUAAAUUGUUAAAAGAUAUCCUUUUCUGGUAUGAAUUUCUGAAUUAGAUUUAGAGGUAGGAAUUGUGAUAAAAUAUUAAAUUCAAUUGUUUUUACUUCACUAUUGAUUAUAGAUAGCAUGGGUUCCUCCAAGCUUAAAAGCAAAGGACAGAGUUUAAAAUUAUAUUGGGUGUGUUCACUUUAUUAUUUUAUAGUAAGUUUGAGUAAAUCUUAGGGGACUUAACAUAAUAUUGUAUUAAGGUCUUUCAAGUUGAAAUUAUACCUGAAUGAAGUUUGUAUAAAGAAAGGAUCUGUGUAUACACUGUUCCCCCUUGAGUUUGUUUUAUUUUUUAAUUUCUUUUAAUGGCAACUGGAAAUUAUUUACUGUAUUUUAUGUUAGUCUUUCUACUUUUAAGAAUUGAUGUAAAUAUGUAAUUUAAACCAUGGUUGACUUUCAGAUGUCACUGCAACUUUUUAGAAAAUGUGACCCCUAAUAUAUGUUAAGUGCCCACCUACAAAGCUUAGGUGAGCCAGUGGGCAUGUGCUUUGUUGUCAAGGUGGAAGAAGCAGGGCACUCCAUUUCUCUCGGUGGGCCUUGUACUGUCCUAACAAGGAAGGGAAGCGCAUGGAAAUGCACCUGAACUGUUUUAUUGCAGUAAUUUUUUUCAUAUCUGAAAUUGUAUUAUUUAAUAUUUUGAAUAAGAUUUUAAAAAAUAAAU